AUGUUGCUUUAAUCUAUAGUUAGAGAGGUAAUUAAGUAUUUAUUUCUGACGCAUAAUUGCAUCAAAGUUUAAUAAAGAAAAUUAAACAAGAUUAAUUAUAACAAGGCCCUUGGAUUGGAUCUUAAAAAUGUUAAAAAUUAUAAUAAUAGAGGUAAUAGAAAUGUUUAUUAAAUAGGAAUAUUUUUUUUUAUGAGGAAAUUCUAAUUCGAUCAAGCUUGGAAAAAAAUUUAAUAAAGCGAUUUAGUUGGACUCUAAUGA